AUGCAAGAUUAUUUUCUCGAUAAUGGUCGAGCCCUCUACAAGCCCUUUGUGACUCGGGCUCCUAUUCUUCUGUUCCUUUUACUCUGUACUUUUAGUCUCAUUGCAUUAUCUGAAGUUGCCACCCGCUCUCUGCCAGCUCAUGCUGGUGUUGGGACUUGGAGCAAGGUUGCUGAUGAGUUAAACCAGACGCUUUACAUAGAUAUUGGGCGAAAUGUGGAGAGGCGGCAAUGGAGUAAGGCCAAAUCAUCUGCAUUGAUAAUCGCGAUUUGCAGAAAACUGACAAUGGCAGCUUCUAUUGACUCAACAAACCUUAUUCUCGAAGUCGCUUCCUCGGCGACGAGCAUUUCAGCAGAUCUUAACACGGAGCCAACUUCUGCAUACUAUCCGUCGGCCACAGGUACAGUGGGUCCUGAAGGCCCCCUUAUACUCGGCGACGGUUCAAUCCCCAUACCCCCACCCGAUCCCACUACACAGCCGGGCUUCACACCAACGCCAACUCCUCCAGGGCCUCCUGCAGAUGGAGAUGUAAAUUCACAGCCAGAAGUGGUCCCAACUCCUGUCGGUCAGCCCAACGGCAACGGAGGCCGUCUUGAUACAGGGGGGAAUACAGCACCUGCUGCACCUGCGGGUGUUAAUCCAGUGCCGGGGAACCCGACAGUCCUCUAUACUGCCACUGAUGGUCACCUUAUCUUUCCGGGUCCGACCGGUACCGGAAACACUCAUAUACCUGUUGGUAACACUCCCGCCCCUGCGUCUCCGGCUCCCCUUCUUGUCAUUGCCAAUGGCCAAACCUCAACACUUACACCUAUUGCUUCACCGACACCGAAAAACCCGGUUUCAGCUGCCAUCACUUCAGAGCCUCUUGUGGUGAUUGUGGAUAACAAAGAGUCCACCUUAUCAUCCGGCCAACUUGCAACAAAAUCAAACGGAGAACCUUUCUCCCUCAUUACGAAGAUCAAUGGGCAGACUUUCACUGUGGUUGGAGGAGCUGCUCCGAGUGCCCCAAGUAAUGUGAAGGGAAGUAAGCCCUCAGAUGUCAACAACGCAGUCGUACCGACAGCGACUUUUGUAAAUUCAACAGGCACAUACCUCGCUUGGUCCAAUGGUGGUAUUACAAUCGCCCCAAGAAUAACUCUCGUCCAAUAUGUUCUGGUCACAUUUCUUCCCAUUAUGCUCGCAGUCAUCUACACGAUCCCAUGGCGAAUUCUCGACAGCACACUUCGCGAACUCGAGCCUUUCUUCCAGCUCGCUCGGCCAGGCGGUGCUCUUGCCGAACAUUCUCUCUGUUUAAAUUACGGCAGCUCGUUCUUAAUGACAAUGCCAUUCAAAGCGAUGUUCCGAGGCCACUUCAUAGUUUUCUGGUCUUCUCUUAUUUCGAUCGCGGUUCUACUCCUCGCUCCUCUAUCAUCUGAGGCAUUCUUCGUCAGCUUGAGUGGAGUUUGUGGUGCGAAUCUGCCGAGUAGCGGGUGUCAUGCGGUAUGGGGCGUCUAUCCAGGCCUGGUACGCGGCAUCCAGGGCAUUCUCGCAUUCGUGGCUGUCUUACUUGUUCUCCUGCUAGGCUUCGUCUUUAACCGCAACUCUGGCGUUUACUCCGAGCCCCUCAGCAUCGUUGGACUCGCCUCUCUCCUCUACAAAUCUCCCGUCUUAAAAGACCUUCGCGAAAUUGACUCGCAGGUAAAGAAAAAGGAACUGAAGAGCAUCUUAUCCGGCAGGCGAUACGCACUCUCCUACUUCAUGAGUUCGGAUCAGAUACCAUGCUAUGGCAUCGUGAAUUUCAACUUAGACGUCGAGACUGGGCUUGCUGCAAAAGCUGCUAGAGCAGGAAACAAAGGGCGCUACAAACUCGUCAUUGGCUCUGAAAGUAAACUGGUGGUAGACACAGGAGUUUCAAGUUUCGACUCAACCCACACGCGAGGUGCGAAGAUGUGGUGGAUUCUCCAGGAGAAGCUGUAUUAUGUUGCAGCAUUUAUCUUACUUGGAGGUUUAUUGGCGUUGAUUGCCUACUACCACUGGACGAGUGCGGAUACAGGGUUCGAACGAUUCAUGAACUCGCAAGGGUUUGGCGUGAAAUUCAUGAUGACCAGUUUAGGUGUAAUUGUCAAAUUAUUCUGGGGUGGUAUUGAUCAAGAUCUCCGCCAGUUGGCACCUUUCGACCGUCUGCUACAAGGAUCUUCCAACCCCGACGAUUCAAUCUUAGUACCCAUCUGGACUUCCCCUUUCGCAGCCAUCAUACCCGCUCUACGCAGAAAACACUAUUUUGUCGCUCUAAUCUGCUUCUUCUCGGUGCUCUCGGAAUUCCUCCCCAUCUGCCUGGCCAACAUCUCAUUCUCUCCCGCCGUCACGAAGCAAACGUACGAGGUCUGCAAUGGCAUUAGUAUGGGCGUUUUGAUCCUGAUGGUUGGAUGUAUCCUGGCCUUGAUACUGAGACCAAUGCGAGGGAGGCCGCUCCCUAGGAGCCCGCGCACAGUGGCCAGUGUGGGGGUAUAUCUGGCUCGCAGAGAAAGCGAGUGGGCUGGUGAGGGACAUGGCGGCUUGAUGGAUGAAUUGGAAGGCUGCUCGAUUAUGGAGAGGAAGGAGAGGGAUGACUUUGUAAGGGAAAAGGGGGCUCUCUAUGCGAUGGGCGUGGUAAAUGGAGAUGGAUUGAGGAUAGAUGAAGAACGGAGAAUCGAUAGACUCUGGACCUAUUAG